GCCGCAUCCUCGCCAACAUCCCACUUUCAUUCAGCACAUGUCACCGCCGCUUUCGCCGGAUCUAAUUACAUAAUUGCCUUAUAUCGCAUCCAAAGUCAGACUUUCUCACGUCUGGCUGACAGCUUGGCGUUUUGUAGGGUGCCGUUGCUUCAUUGCUCCACCUAGACGAGCUCAUCUCCCAACCACGGACGCCAGUGCCAUGCUGGAGGUGUAAUCCUCCACCCUCUUUUCUGCGCUUCACUGGUGUAAUCCCAAGCCAAGCAAAGCAAAUUCAAACUUGUAGCAAACCGAGAUGUCAGACCCUGAUUCCUCCUCGCCGGCGGACUCCUCGCUGCCUCUGACCUCCCCUCGCACCCCUCUGCAGCUCUCCUUCCCCUUCCUGAGGGAAGGCAGCCGCGUUUGGGAGAGGGAGAGGAAACCGCCUCAGCCUGGAGAGCUGCCCAGUCCACUGCCAACCAAACGCACCCGCACUUACUCAGCGACAGUGCGAGCCAGAUCAGGUCCUGUAUUUAAAGGAGUGUGUAAAAACUUCUCCAGAUCUCAGGGUCAUGGAUUCAUACGUCCCUCUCACGGAGGAGAGGACAUCUUUGUUCACAUCUCUGACAUUGAGGGGGAGUACGUGCCUGUGGAAGGGGACGAGGUCACCUACAAAGUGUGCCCCAUUCCUCCCAAGAACCAGAAGAUCCAGGCUGUGGACGUGCUGAUCACCCACCUGAAUCCAGGCACCAAGCACGAGACCUGGUCGGGUCAGAUCAUCAGCUCCUAGAGAAGCACUGCAAGGUGGCUCAGCUGCAAAGGCAAAGAGGAACUCGGGUUUAAUUUGAAGUUUUAUGUUUUAGUGGGUAUAAACUAAUGGUAGCACCGGGUCUGGGGAGUGGUGGGGGGAGCGUUAGCCUGCAGUUUAGUGAAAAUCGGCCUGAGGAUGGUUUGAUGUGGAAGGUGAGCACUUCAGUAUAAAAGUUAGGUUAGGCUUGAAAUUAAGCUUUGAAUGUAUUUGUUUGAAUGUUUUCCUGUGGCAGUCAUGAUUUUGUCAUUUGGGGUUUUAAGUUUUGAUUAAAGGGGUUGGAAGUCGGGUUACAAAAAGUUGAGGUUCAAGAUGAGGAGCUGAGAGUCUGCACCAGCACUGGACUAGGAUCGGGGAUAAAAAUCAGUUGAGAACUCAGCGGUUGUUAGAGGUUAAGUCUUGGUUUAGAUAAGAUGUCAAUUACGCACUGUACUAAAGGCUGUUAUGCAUUUAGAGCAAACUGGAGCCAAUAUUUAAGAAGUGUGGCGGUUUCAGAUUCAAGGGACCAGUUUGAUGAAAGAGUCUAGUUUACUCCCAGUUUCUCCACUGAUGCACAAUGCGUGCCACCGCUGCAAAAAUCCGUCUUUAAAAAAGGAAAGCUUGAAAACGCAUAUUUAGCCACGUUUUAUCUCUUGUCAUAACGUGAGGGACAGAGGUAAUUUUUUUCAAGAAAAAAAAAGAAAAAGCUCCAAGCUCUAUAUGUUGUUUACAGUAGUUUUGAUUUAACAGCAGAGCAGCAGCUUUUCAGAUAGGCUUCCCUAAAAAUAAAAUGUUCAAGGCUGCUUGACGUGCCAGUAAAGAAACCAAACGAGUGUACGCUUUCGCACAUUCAGUUUGUUAAGGGUGUUUCUGUCUCAGGAGCUGCCACAAGCUCCUACAUUUUAGGAAUGAUGUUCCUUUCUGAUACUUUAGCACUUAGAUAUUUUGUCUACCUUGGAAUUGUUGAAAUCCAGUAUUAUUGUAGCCACUUCCUAUGACGGUCUUAGGUUUCCGUGGUAGAGACGGUAUACAGGGAUGUUGCGUUGGCCUGCCGCUGGAAAAACCAGGCCAGAGGGUUUGUGUUUGGGGAGAAAUGUGAGAGAGAUGGGAGGAGAAACGGGGAAGGGGCAGAGGAUGGAGUGAUGAUCUUUAGAUGUACUUGAGAGCAGACACCGAUAGAUUUGAAAUGUUUUAAGGAAGCAAGAUGAAAAUUGAAGUCAACAGUUGUCAGAUGAAGGUGAAUCUUGAAGAAAUAAUUUGACUUCUUUUUGAGAAAUAUGCAUAUUUGCCUCAUUGUGAGGAGUUAGAUGAGUCAACUCACCUCACUCAAUAGCUAUAUAUAGAAGAGAUCAUGUAGGUGAGCCACAACUAUGUACCUUUUAAUAAUUUCUUUACUUUUGUUUACUUAACUAAAGGUCACACAGGGUCUCGGUCCGGUUUUUACAUCGGUUUGUCUCGUCUUCAGGGCGGCUAAAGUCCCACAGGGAGCGUUUCAAAAGUAGAUCGGUUCCAAGUAUUCGUGAGUCACAGAGGAUCACGUGGUAAUGGCGCUACAGUCUGAUCGUUUUAUUUUACAAAAAAAAGAUUGUAUGGUGUCAAGGAAAAUUAGCAUUUCGACUUCUGAGCUCAACAUCUCCACGCAGGUGGUCCAAAUUUCUAUAAAACCCUCUGAAUUGUUUAAUCACCGCCUCUACAUCCUGACCUAAAGUCAGUGUAGGAGUCAGUGCCUACCUGUUGGAGCCCAUGGUUCAUAGUGUUUUAUUUUGAAAGUCCAACAGGUUCUCAAUGUCACUCUAAAGACAGACUUCUGGUCAGAGCGAUCGGCUGAGUGUAAAUCUUGAUAUUGACGCUGUUUAUUGGCGGUCGAGCUUUAAGCCUAAAGUUAUGCUCUUACUGAUUCCUUCGCCUAAAGUUUGACGACUACGUCAAGUCAACGUGGACCGUAAAAAAAACAAUGCAGGAAGCAUUAGGUCACGUGACUUACUGGUUUCUGUAAAAACGACUGUUGGUCAACAUUUAUCAGCUCCGUUGCUAUGUCUGAGCGACAUGUGUGGUGAAAACAAAAAGGAAACUUAUACCCCUUUUCCACCAAACCGGUUCCCGGCCUGGUUCUGGGCCAGUGCUGCUUUUGGAACCGGGCUUUCUGUUCUCACUGACAAAGAACUGGCUCCGGGCCAGAAAAAGCAGUUCCAAGGUAGCACCAACUCUUUGCUGGGCUAGAGGAAAGAACCGCUAAAUAAGCGGAGGGGACAGAGUUGUUAAGACCAACGGCAGUAGCGAGACGGAGAGAUUUUCAAAUCAGCAACGAAUUAAUAUGGAUGCGAUAUGAUCCACCGAGGGUGCUACGCGGAUCAAGUCCGUAUUCGAGUAAAUACGUUGCUGUUGCUUCAAUUUUCGCGCCAAUGCAAAUGCAGCGACGUAACUGACGUUUGGAGUGACGUAAUGACGUUGCUCCCCUUAGCACCCGAGCUAUGAAAAAGCAAACCGUUUCAGCUGGUUCGCAAGUUGAAUGAGUUGUGAACCAGAACCAGCCCCGGAACCAGUUUGGUGGAAAAGGGGCUGCAACUUAGAAACCCUCACCUACACUACCGCCCAGCAGUUGAUGGUGUAGUUACAGAGCAAUGCAACAAACAACGCAGAAGUAUAAACGCCAGCGACGGCGUAGGGGCUGUGGAACAAAGUACCACAUUUUAUACAGCCUAAAAGAAAAACCACAAUAGAACUGCGAAACUAUAAAUUGUCUUAAUAUGGACUAUUUUAAAAUAUACAACAACAUCUAUAAGGAAACUUGCCAGCUUUGUAAGCCAUGUAAGCAAAUACGCACACUUCAUCAAAUGUUGAAAUAUUUAUUCAAAUGAUUCACGACACGGUAAAAAGGAUCCUUUGCUUCCUCUGUGGUCAACAGACCCCCACCUGUGGGAACGCCAACAGUUAGGAGAGGGGCUUGGAAAGUUUCUUAAGUUACUGAAAAAUAUAUGAGAAAAAACAAAACAAAAGCUUUCAGAUGUAAGUUUGAAAUGAAAGUAUUUAUUUAUUGACUUAUUUAUUUUCAUUUGUAACUAUGACAACAUCAGGUGUUUGGUAAUUAAACGCUGCAUUUCUAAGUAUUUGUCAAAUAUGUAGCCUGUUUGAAGACACGGCAAAACCUCACUCUGAUGAUACUACCCUGUUAAAAUCCCUUUGCUAUGUCAUGUCAUAAUAGACAUGGAAAAAAAACUAAAAUCAGAAUCAAGGUUUCUAAUUUCUACAUAAUCUUUGUCUAAUUUUUAAUGACUACUACAUGCAGUUUUGUUGUUUUGGAAAUUGGCAUGUUCUGUACUGUUUGUCGUGUAGAUUGUGUUUCCUCCUGCGGUAACACAAGCAGAGCCUUCAGAGAGGUCGUCGUCACUUCUCCUAUGCAUCUUUCAGUUCUCGUCACGCAUUUGACUUGAUAUCAUGGUAGCACACCGCAUCCGUUUCAUUUAUUUACUGUGAGACAAAUGAGUUUGAGUUCUUUGCAGGCACUUUUAUUUUUGUCAGAUCACUGUGAUACUUGUCUUUUGUCGUUAAGAAAAAGUUUGAAUAAAGCUUACAAC